CAGUUAUGCUAGUGAUGGCAACCAUCGUUUCUUCCCAUGCUGGUGGCUAUGGUCAAGGAGGGCACGGCGGAGGAAAGCAUGGAUACGGAGAACCUCUGCCAUACUACUACGGGUACCAUGUCAGCGGUGACUACAAGGGCCCCCACUUCCAUCAUGAUGAGAAGUCUGACGGAAAGGCUGUUUACGGAUCCUACACUGUCGCUCUCCCCGACGGACGAAAACAACACGUGAAAUAUACAGCCGACCACUACAAAGGCUUCGUCGCCCACGUCAGCUACAAAGGGAAGGCUCAACACCCAUCCUACUACGGACCUGCCGUCGUUUUCGACCACAAAGGACAUGGAUACCACUGAAAAAUUUCAAAUCACGAAGAAGCAAAAAACAAAGCGCUAUAUUAAGCGAAUGGAUGUUUCGAAUAAAGUUAAGUAAAGAAA